UAUAAAGGCCGAAAGGGUCGAUGAGAUGGAGGUGGAUCGCACUAGUAGCAAAACAUGGUACAGGUGGGCGUAUAAAUUAUUAAAUAUGACUUUCCCGGACACCCCAUAGCACCAUUAGGCAUUAGCGCCACAGAGCCGUAUGAUCGCCGAAACCACACUUCGCUAUACACAGCCGAAACGCAGCGUUUUCAAGCAAACCGAACUCAAGGGUUUUAUCGAAUUCUCCGUUCCGAUGGAUCCUGGGUCGUCGUCCUCGUCGUCCUCAUCGUCGGCAUUCCCUCUCCACAUGGCGAUGGCGGCGCUGGUCGGAGCAUCGCUGAUGGCUAUCUCCGCCUUCUACGUUCACAAGCGCAGCGUCGAUCAGGUUCUCCACCGCCUUAUCGACAUUCGCCGCGGAGGCCCUGCCAAGGCCGAUGACCACGGCGGAGGAGAGCGAGGUGACUGCGACGACGCUGAGGCAGAGGUUGAGACUAAUCGCAAAAUGCGGGGACGGGGUCCAUCUAGGUCUUUGGAUAAGGCCGCACUUUGCUGUAGAAGAGUCUCGUCUUCCUUGCCCAAUGCCGUUUUGGACAGUUCUUGGUUCGAUGAAGAAUCUAAUUUUGAUCCUCCAAAGCCUUUCUCCGUCCAAGAUUUUUCCUCUUGUCACUUUGAUAAACUCAACUCCAUUCCCUCUGGACUGCCACCGCUUCAAACGGCUCCAAAAGACGAAGAGCAUCUCUCUGCUAGCCACUCUGGUUCCAAUGUGAGGGUGGCACCUGUUAGUAGGCUAAUGACUCCAAGAUCUUUGGGAGGCAAUGCAUUUGACAGUGCAGGGGAUUCCGAUGAGGAAGGAACGGAACUUGUAAUUGGAGAGGACACUUUUUUCAACUAUGCAGACACUAAUCAUUCAGUUGAUUUUAUGGGUAUUAAUGAUUUAAAUUCAAACAUUCAGAAUUCAACUCUCCUUCCCUUUAAAGUUGAUAAUGGCAACUGUUUUGAAGAUCAGAAAUGCAGAGGAACCAAAACUGAAUCAAAUGUUGGUGUGGAUCUGCAUGGCAAUGGAAAGAUGGACACAGCUUCAGGGAACAUUUUGGGAACUAGGCCUAUUUCUGCCAACACCAUUUCACCACUGAGAACCAUAGUGCAGGAAUCAACAAAUGUAGAAGAGGAGGAAGUACUGGAGAUGAUUCGUGGAUGUUUAGAUUUGCGGGAUACCUACGUUUACAGGGAAAAAGUUGCUCCAUGGGAGAAGGUAACAGAGCUAGGAAGUACUGCACUGGAGACAAGCAGUGAUCCAUUUCACUUUGACCUUGUUGAGACAACUACUCAUCACUUCAGGAUGGAAGAUGGAGUUGUACAUGUUUAUGCGAGCAAAAAUGACACUCUGGAUCUUUUCCCUGUUGCAAGUUCAACAACAUUUUUCACUGAUAUGCAUCAUAUUCUAAGAAUUAUGGCUAUUGGAAAUGUUCGAUCUUCAUGUCAUCAUCGACUAAGAUUUCUUGAGGAGAAAUUCCGCCUUCAUCUGUUAGUAAAUGCAGAUCGGGAGUUUCUGGCUCAGAAGAGUGCACCACAUCGCGAUUUCUACAACAUUAGAAAGGUUGAUACACAUGUGCAUCAUUCUGCCUGCAUGAACCAGAAGCACCUCCUGCGCUUCAUCAAGUCUAAGCUCAGAAAAGAACCUGAUGAGGUUGUCAUAUUCCGAGAUGGGAAGUAUCUCACACUUAGGGAAGUUUUUGAGAGUUUAGAUUUGACAGGGCAUGAUCUGAAUGUUGAUCUAUUGGAUGUGCAUGCUGACAAGAGUACCUUCCAUAGAUUUGACAAGUUCAAUCUUAAGUAUAAUCCUUGCGGACAAAGCAGAUUAAGAGAGAUCUUCUUAAAGCAGGACAAUCUUAUCCAAGAUGCAAGGACAGUUGUAAUGCAUAAAAAGAAUUUGUUUUCUUCAACACGUCUAGGGCGUUUUCUAGCAGAAUUAACAAAACAAGUUCUAUUGGAUCUUGAAGCAAGCAAAUACCAGAUGGCUGAGUAUAGAGUGUCAAUAUAUGGAAGGAAACAAAGCGAAUGGGAUCAGCUGGCGAGUUGGUUCAUUAACAAUUCAAUUUACAGUGAGAAUGCUGUUUGGUUAAUCCAGCUACCACGGCUAUAUAAUGUUUACAAGCAAAUGGGGAUUGUUACAAACUUUCAGAAUAUUUUAGAUAAUGUGUUUAUUCCUUUAUUCGAAGUAACAAUUGAUCCAAGUUCUCAUCCGCAACUACAUGUAUUCCUAAAGCAGGUUGUGGGUUUCGACAUUGUAGAUGAUGAAAGUAAACCAGAAAGGCGUCCAACUAAACACAUGCCCACACCUGCCGAAUGGACUAAUGAAUUCAAUCCUGCAUACUCUUACUAUGCUUAUUACUGCUAUGCUAACUUGUACACUCUCAACAAGCUUCGUGAGUCAAAAGGACUGCCAACAAUCAAAUUCCGGCCACACUGUGGAGAGGCAGGUGAUGUAGACCAUUUGGCUGCUGCAUUCCUUCUCUGCCAUAACAUUUCUCAUGGGAUUAAUCUGCGGAAAUCCCCUGUUUUGCAGUAUCUCUAUUAUCUUGCUCAGGUUGGACUGGCUAUGUCACCACUGAGCAAUAAUUCGCUUUUCCUGGAUUAUGGUCGCAAUCCAUUUCCAAUGUUCUUCCAGCGUGGCCUAAAUGUUUCACUCUCAAGUGAUGAUCCUCUGCAAAUCCAUUUGACAAAAGAAGCCCUUGUGGAAGAAUAUAGUGUUGCAGCACAGGUGUGGAAACUCAGUUCCUGUGAUCUAUGUGAGAUAGCAAGGAACUCUGUCUAUCAAUCUGGAUUCUCACAUAUGGCAAAGAUGCAUUGGCUUGGUAGAAAAUACUUCAUGAGAGGCCCUGAAGGAAAUGAUAUUCACAAGACAAAUCUACCCAGCACAAGGAUUGCCUUCCGUCAUGAGACAUGGAAGGAGGAGAUGAUGUAUGUCUACGCUGGAAAGGCUAAGUUUCCUGAAGAGAUAGACCUUGUAUAAGUGAACAAAUAAAAAGGAAGAGAAUAUUUAUGAUGCAAAUGAAAUUCUGCUGUUGAAUUGGGGAUGAAUAAAUAUCUCAGCAUGAGUUAGGCUGCCAAAUUUUUAUUUACGGUCCCACUGAUUCAGUGAAAUCAGAGAUUGUUAAGAGCACCAGCUGCAACUAGGAUGAUAUGGGGAAGAUCUUUUGGUGCUAUGUAGUGGGGCUUGGAGUUUUCUUUAUGGAUAGCUGUUGAAAACUUAAAUUUUGAAUUGCUGGAAUUCCUGCUGAGAAAUGUGCAGGUUUAAUGGUAUACAAGGUUUCUGAAAAAUACCAAUUUCAACUUGUAAUGAAAGAGCCAUUUUACAUGAUUCGGAUGA